AUGCAGAAAAAGCAUGAGGAACAAAAGGCAAGGCGCCGUAAAAAUGUGUAUGAUCACCAUAUGUCGCGUAAGGGAUACGCGGGAUUGAGAGAAGAGCUGUCUAAAAUCGAGCCGGAGAAGGAAAUCGAUAGAGCAACGCUUUGGGUCAAAGCACGCCAAACCAAACAAGGAACUUUUAAACAUGAUGUGAUUAAAGAAACUGCUGAAAAAAUUGAGACACUGAAACGCAAGGAACGUGAUGGUGAGCUGACCGUAAAUGGAAGUAACGAUGUGCUGACAUUAGCUUUGGGGACUCCGGAGCACACGGGAAGAGUUAGAGGCAUAGGGGGUUAUGUGUGUAACCCAAAUGGAUACUUCAACCUUCCAAAACGCAGAAAGGACAACGUUAAUGAGUCAAUGAGACAAAGUGUGAGGAAGAUACUUGAAGAAGAGAAACAGAAAUUGGAGGAUGAGUUGAGGGAGAAGAUAUAUGCUGAAGAGAGGGAAGUGAUAGCGGCCGAGGAGAGGGAAAAGAUAGCGGCCGAGGAGAGGGAAAAGAUAGGGGCUGAAGAGAGGGAAAAGAUAGCAGCUGAAGAGAGGGAAAAGAUAAUGGCAACUGAAAGGGCAAUCUUACUUUCUAGGAUUGAACAAUUGGAAGCAAGAGUAGAUGUAAGGAGCCAUGAGGCAGUUACCACUGUUGGCAAAGGAAAAGUUGUGGGCAAUGACCACACAUCUGGCCAAAAGAUGGCGCAGUGA